AUCUUCUUCGUUAAAUUUAGAAUCCAAAGAUUAUUGUCUGCACACUCGUUAUUAUCUAAAACAGCCUUUUUUAGUUAAAUUGACGAUAUUUUAGUGACAUUCCAAUUUUAAAAUUCGUAUGGGUCUACAUUAAAUGAGUACAGCGACCAACUACUCCUUCCCUCAUAGUAGUAUUUAGGUAUUGCAUUCACAUUACAUAAGAUGUACUUUCCUACUCUAUAUAAACUCUCACUCCCCUAACACUCUUCAUCAUCCAUCACAUCUCCUCUUGCAAACCAACGUAAAACACUAACUAAGAGAUCAAUAUGGCUGGAGUGAUGAAGUUGGCAUGCAUGGUCUUGGCUUGCAUGAUUGUGGCCGGUCCAAUCACAGCGAACGCGCUUAUGAGUUGUGGCACCGUCAACGGCAACCUGGCAGGGUGCAUUGCCUACUUGACCCGAGGUGCUCCACUUACCCAAGGGUGCUGCAACGGCGUUACUAACCUUAAAAACAUGGCCAGUACAACCCCAGACCGUCAGCAAGCUUGCCGUUGCCUUCAAUCUGCCGCUAAAGCCGUUGGUCCCGGUCUCAACACUGCCCGUGCAGCUGGACUUCCUAGCGCAUGCAAAGUCAAUAUUCCUUACAAAAUCAGCGCCAGCACCAACUGCAACACCGUGAGGUGAUGAGCGACGGUCAAAUGAAGCUACUAGCGGAUGUUUCGAAUAUUAUAUAAUCGAUGAGAUAAUAUUAAAUAAAGAUGUUCGAAUGGCUGUACUCUUUUCAAUUUCCUGUCUUUUUUUAUCGUGGCGUUUCUAUUAUGUGAUCGUCUGUACUAUGUUCGCAAACAACGUUCUUUGAAUUUCAGACUUGAAGUUUAAGUUAUUCUAUACUCUAUAUCUAUACUAACACUUACUUUAGUUUAAUCGAUAUGACCAAAAUGAUUAACUUGCAUUACAGUUGGGAAGUAUCAAGUAAACAACAUUUUGUUUUUGUUUGAUAUCGGGAAUCUCAAAACCAAAGUCCACACUAGUUUUUGGACUAUAUAAUGAUAAAAGUCAGAUAUCUACUAAUACUAGUUGAUCAGUAUAUUCGAAAACAUGACUUUCCAAAUGUAAGUUAUUUACUUUUUUUUUG